UAUGCAUGUAUUGAUGUAUUUUUUACGAAAUGUACAAGUAAAUAAAGUAUGGAUAUUAGAAAAAAUCAGUAUCCCCAGGUCGAUAGCUAACUUCACUUUUGCCAAGCACUUUCACAUUUUAGCGUUAUUAAAAGACCGAGAACCGAAAAUUGGCCGAACCACGACGCACUAUCGCUUUGGGUGCGGUUGAGGUAAGACAAUGGCCAGCAAGGAGGUGCAUGAAUCAUGAAGUUCUAUUUAAAAAUCCGAACCCGUUCCUGUUGAUUGGCUAUUGAUGAAGUAUUUUCAGUCAGCCAGCAAGACUACCGGUGAAAGUUACUGUAAACCUUACGGUUCCGCGCACUGGGCCACUCGACCUCGUCAGGAAGACAAGAGCAUGUAGGUGUUUGCGUGCAAGACGUUUUGGUGAGAAAAGCUGCCGAAUUGUGACAAUAGCAACAACGAAAAUAAGAUGACGAACUCGGAAAAUCGCACAGUGGAAGAAACAACCCGAGAAGACAUACCAUUGAAAACGGGUACCAAACAAUCCAAAUGGUAUAAUUGCAAUGAAGACUGCAUGGGCGGUUCCAAGUUCAUCAAUGUGGCCUUCGGCGUUUUGACGAUUAUCGUUACGAUUGCACUGAUAGUCCAAAUCUACUACGGUGAUUACCAGGUGGUUCCCCAUGGGAGCGUAGCCACUGAUAGCUUGGAAUGUUCGCGCGUUGGUACCCAAAUACUGAAACAGGGCGGCAAAGCUGUAGAUGCAGCAAUUGCGAGCGCUUUUUGCUUGGCGGUUGUCGCUCCACAUCUCACAGGCUUAGACGCAGAAGGUCAGGUUCUGAUCUACAGUCAUCGCACCCGAAUAUCGCCUGAUCUGGUGGACUUUAGUGGCUCCAAUGUGAUUUCCGACCGGAUGCCUCGAUUGGUUCUCGGCCUAGCUUAUAUCCAUCAGCAGUACGCCACUAUGCCUUGGAAAAGCUCCUCUAUGGGCGCCAGGAACCUGGACAGCUUUUGCAGCAUGAAACGUUGGCGAAUACAUUGGAAAAAAUUGGAAAUAUUCCAGAGAAAGAGCUCUACAGCUACAUUGAUUCUUCAAACCAUCCGGUUCAGUCGCAGGCAGUGAGUUCAAGUUUUUAUAACUAUGAUGUGUUUGUGCCCAGUUUGGACACCAUCGGACCGGUGCUGCUGGUCAAUCUCAGAGAAAUCGAGGAGUUUAACUUUACAGAAGUGAACACUGCAACCACAAAGAGGAUGAUCGAAACCACUUUAAGGGCCUAUGAGGAAUUCAAUGUGACUGCCCGGUUUCACGAAGGAACUUCCACGAAUAUUGCCGUGAUGGAUUUGGAUGAUGAUUACGUUUCGUUUGUUACGGGAAUGUAUGAUUUGUUCGGCUCAAGAGAGUUAACUAUCCACGGCUAUGUAUUGGAUGUCAAAAACAAGCCAAAGUCCUGCAGUCGCAUUCCUCUGAUUCUAACCGACAAUAAAUUUAUAUGUGGAAAGCGAUUGGUGUUUGGCGCAAACGGUGUUGCUCAAGCCAGCCAAUUGGUCGUCAAUUUAAUCAUAGGCGCUAAGAACGCAACCGAUGGAGUCGAAUUUCCCAGGUUUUACUUGCUGGACAAUGCAACCAUAGCAGUGGAAGCCGCUCACUCGCCGAAAUUUCAACUCGAGCUGCUGGAAUACUUGAAAGCGGCCCACAGGGAGCCGGUGCUCAUGCCGGAACCUUACUACAGCUCCAAUGCGGUGGAGAAACUCAAAGACGAACUUAGUUCGCAUUCUGAUAGCAGAGGAGGCGGAAUCGCUAGCAGAUUCUAGCGUGGUCGCUUAGUUUUUACAGCAUGCACUGAUUAAAAUGUAACAAGUACCUAAUGUUGAAGUAGGGCCUUAAAUCUGCCCGUGUAAAGGAGGUUUUGCCCCCCGGAAAUAUAUCAGUAUUCUUGAAACAUA